GCUGAGCAAAGCCUGUGGAUCCAUUGCUGACUGCACAUUUGAGGAACUCUGUGACCGUCCUUUAGGAGCAAGUGACUACCUGGAAAUGUGCAAGAAAUUUGACACAGUAUUUAUCAGAAGAAUUCCACAUCUAGACAUGGCAAAGCGCUCACAAGCUCGUCGUUUCAUUACUCUCAUUGAUGCCUUCUAUGAUCACAAGGUACGUGUUGUUUGCUCUGCUGACACUCCUUUGCAAAGCUUGUUCAUGCAAAAGCUUAAGGAUGCCGAUGAUGCAGAGUCUAGAGUUCUUUUAGAUGAUCUUGAAUUAAGCCAGGAUGCAUCUGCAGGAUUGUCGUUUUUUACAGGUGAAGAAGAAGUCUUUGCAUUUCAGCGUACAUUAUCUCGACUUACAGAGAUGCAGACCGAACAGUAUUGGAGAGAUGGAGACAGAAGUCAAAAUUAA